AUGGUGGUGGCUCCGUUUUCUUCUUAUUCUUCUUAUGCUGUUUUGAACGCCAACAGGCUGAUCACUACUCCUGCGUUUGAGAUACCUUCUACUGCUGUUGCUAAGAAGAGCUGUAUUUUCGGGAAGCUGGAGCCUUUUAUCGGUAAGACCUUAGAUUUCAUCACAAGGGAGGAGGAAGAGAAGAAGGGUGUUUAUCUGACCAAGGAAGAUCUUGUCGACUGUGCAAAACAGCUUAACAAAGACGGCAAGUUUGAAUACGCCUUCGAGAUCUUUGAGUGGAUGGAUAAAAAGAAGAUGGAGUUUUCUCCUACGGAGCUUGCUUUGUUCGUUGAUCUCAUUUGUCAGACUAAAGGCAUAAAGGUGGCUCAAGAAUACUUCAAUAAAGUAGAACCAGUCUUUGACCGAACCAACACCCGUGCCAAGAAUUGGCCUGCUUUUAUUAGUAUUAUGAUGAGGAUCUUUGAAUGUGAUAGGAAAAACUGUCAGUGGGCACUAAGGCCAAGGCGUGUUCGUCGCAUUCGCAAGAACGUUUAG